GCUUGUGAAGCAGCGCUGUGAUUGGCUGAUGCUAAUCGUCUAUCAGCGAUGGCUCGGCGUUUCAUUGGCGAGAGAGACUCCGUCGUCGACUCUCGCGGUACUGCUGCACGAAGAUGGCGGCCGAACUGGUGGAAGCGAUGAACAUGGUCAAAAGUUUCCGGGUCUCAGACCUGCAGACGCUGCUGGCCUCGAUGGGCCGCAGCAAAAGUGGGCUGAAACAGGACCUGGUGGGGCGUGCGCUGAGGCUAGUGCAGACCGAAUACAGCCCGGAGCUUCUGAAGAAUGUCAGGCAGCUCUACGAGUCGCGCUUCCCCAAAACAUCUGGCUGGCUUGCGGCGCGGCGUCCAGAGGGCGUCCCAGUUGCCUACUCAUCCCUCAGCCCCUCCCCCAAUGCCACCUCUCAGGGCGCAGACUACCUCAACGGCAUUUCCAAACCGAUCCCCACAGAGGUCAAGCUGGUGCCACUGCCCUUCUACCAAACUUUGGAGACACUGUUGCCACCAACAGAGCUAAUUGCCCAGAACAAUGAAAAACUGCAGGACAGUCAAUGCUUAUUUGAAUUAACACCGAACCAGGCAGACCAGAUCAGAAAUGCGAGUGAGCUUCGUCCCGGAAUCAGAUCAAUCCAAGUGGUUCUUAGAAUCUGUUACACAGACUCCAUUGGUGUCCAGGAGGACCAAUAUCCUCCAAACAUUGCUGUCAAAGUCAACCAGUCCUACUGUCAUGUGCCGGGCUAUUACCCCUCUAAUAAGCCUGGUGUCGAGCCCCGUCGUCCUUGUCGUCCUGUAAACAUCACUCCUUGGUUGCAUCUCUCCAAUGUCACCAACAGAGUCACCGUCACCUGGGGGAACUUUGGCAAGCGUUACUCUGUGGCAGUGUAUUUAGUGAGGGUUUUCACCGCAGCGGACCUCUUCAGCCAACUCAAGCUCUGCUCUGUUGAGAGUGCAGAACGCUGUCGUGAACGCAUCCAAGACAAACUACGCUUUGACCCAGAGAGUGAAAUUGCCACCACAGGCCUCCGGGUUUCUCUCAUCUGUCCAUUGGUGAAGAUGCGGCUUGGAGUGCCAUGUCGAGUUCUAACUUGUGCCCAUCUUCAGUGUUUCGACGCAGUCUUCUUCCUGCAGAUGAACGAGAAGAAGCCCACAUGGACUUGCCCCGUCUGCGACAAGCCCGCUCCGUUUGAGCUGCUCACUAUCGAUGGGCUGCUAUCUGAGAUUCUGAAGGAGACGAGUGAGGACAUCGAGGAGAUUGAGUACUUAACUGACGGCUCCUGGCGACCCAUCAGAGAUGACAAGGAGAGGGACAGGGAAAGAGAGCGCAGCAACACACCAGAGUAUCCUGUUGUUGAUAUAUGCAUUCCUGAGGCAAACGGUCACUCACCGGCCAUCCAUUCUGGAAGCAGUUCCGUGGGGAUGGCGGGAGUCACAGGAGGAGCUGCUGUGGCGCCAGGAGGAGGUGCGGUGGUAGAUCUGACUCUUGACUCCUCCUCUGAGGAGGAAGGGGGCGGGGCAGGAGGAGACAGUGAGGACACUGAGGACAGCGCCGACAGUCCCGCCCCGAAGAGGGGCCGAUACAACUACGACAAGGACCUGGUCACUGCCUACUGACCCCGCAGCUCUGUCCCCUCAUAGACUGACACACACACAGAGACAGAGAGGCAGGGGGCUAAAAACUUGAGGACAGGAACACAGUAAUCCACUAGAUGCAACAACCCCCCCCCCCCCCCCCCCCCCCAUCUCUUACGCCCAAACGUCAAAGCCUUUUAGCAGCUCUGGUUUCUAUCCAGUCAAAACAAACACACACUCAAACAUGCACUGUUAAUGAAUCUUCAAUCUAGAGUGAUUAGGAUUCCUCUUUGUACUGUACACCACUGGAAGCAACUCUCAACUCUUUUUGGCCGUCAACUUGCAGUGAAUAUCCGUACCGUCCUGCCUCUACUUACGAGACUGAAUGGAUCGUGCACCCCACCACCACCUCCACCACCACGACCCCCCCUUCCUCCUCUCUCUCCAGACUAUUUCCUCUCUACCACCUCAUCUCUCUUUGUAUUUGACUUGGAACUACAGGCUCUUUUAGCCAUGGGCGUUCGAUGUGUGCGUCUCUGAUUUUUGUCACAUCCGUGAUGAACAGGCAAGUUGAAAAUGGAGGCUCCUCGGUAGUUUUUGGUGACAGGUCAAAAACAACUAACGGAAAAGAAGAGCAUGGAAAUUUUGCGGGGAGGACAAGGCAGAGAUAUCUGGAGUGUGAUGCAAAUUUGAAACCUCCCAUUGUGUUUAUUUCUUUGUUAAGAGAAUGAAUUCAAAGCUUGAAAGGGUUUUUUCAGGAAUUUAUCCUUUUUAAUUAUAAAAGGGCAGAACACAA